GCUCCCUUCACGGACGUUCCCCGUCCAGCUCGGGUUCUGCGCUCCGUCCUCCCAGCCACAAGGUGCCCCCAGACCCCCGUCUCCUCUUCCGCCGCCGCCAGAUCCUCGUCCUCUCUCCCUCUUUCCGCCGCUUCCUGCUCCGACGAUCCGCGCUCCGAGCUCUGGGGCCGAGGCGCCCGAGGCUUCCCGAUGCGCUCGGCCAGGUGCUGUGCAGCCUGGGGGGCUGGCUCUCGCUCUACAUUUCUUUCUGCCGCCUGAAUAAGCACCGAAGCUAUGAGUGGAACUGCCGGUUGGUUACUUUCACCCAUGGAGUCCUCUCCAUAGGCCUCUCAGCUUAUAUUGGCUUCGUUGAUGGCCCCUGGCCUUUUACCCACCCAGGCUCACCCAAUACACCUCUCCAAGUGCACGUACUGUGUCUCACCUUGGGCUACUUCAUCUUCGACUUGGGCUGGUGCAUCUAUUUCCAGUCUGAGGGGGCCCUGAUGCUGGCUCACCACACCCUGAGUAUUUUGGGCAUCAUCAUGGCCCUGGUGCUCGGAGAAUCAGGCACAGAGGUCAACGCGGUCCUCUUUGGAAGUGAGAUUACCAACCCCUUGCUACAGAUGCGCUGGUUUCUCCGAGAAACAGGGCACUACCACAGUUUCACUGGAGAUGUGGUGGACUUCCUCUUUGUGGCUCUGUUUACCGGAGUGAGGAUUGGCGUCGGAGCUCGCCUCCUUUUCUGUGAAAUGGUCUCCCCCAAGCCCAAGGGGUUUGUGAAGGUUGGGGGAGUGGCGAUGUAUGCUGUCUCUUGGUGUUUCAUGUUUAGCAUCUGGCGCUUUGCGUGGAGGAAAAGCAUCAAAAAAUACCACGCCUGGAGAAGCAGGCGGAGGGAGGAGCGGCAGCUGAAACGUAACGGACAUCUCAAAACGCGCUAGCCAAGGCUUCCUCCAGAUGCCGGAUCGGGUUAGUCAGCCACAGGACCCAGGUUGGAGAUAGCGGCUGUUCUAGAAUCAGGCUCAUAACACACUUAGGUUUCAAGAAAGGGCUAAACGUAUCAGGCAGUGUGGUCAGUCUUUGAGUGGAGCCCAUACCAGUAUUAAAACACUCACGUCUACCGUGGCGCAGGUGUAGAAAGUGAGACUACUCAGGGGUAGUUGUGAAUGAGUCAGAGCUGUGAGGUGGGGGUGGGCACAGCUGCCUUCCUUUUUGUUCGUGGUGUCCCCGGGUCCUGUCGUCUCUGGGAUGCUUGAUGGUUAGACCGCUCAGGAAGGAAUUUGAGAAUUUCUUCGAGAAUUGACUCCUUGAACAAACCCUUGUUCCUGCUUUCCAUGUAGCAAUUUAAAUAAAGUCACCCCAUUUACUCUAAAGUGAGGGACUUCUAGGAAGAUGCAUGUCUGGCAUUCUGAGCCUUGGAUCAGGGAAGGGGCUGUGCUUAAACAAAGGGAAAGGAUGAGAGAAGUGACCCUAAACCAACUGUCGAGGGGCCCCAAGACACCCCCAGGUUCAGUGCUUUGCUGAGGGGACUCACAUGACUCAGAAUGUAGUGCAACUCCUAGCUGUGAUCAGUUACAGUGAAAGGAUUCAAGGGAAGAGCAGUGAAGGGAAAAGGUGUUUGGGCAGAGUCCAGGGGAAACAGGGCCCGAGCUUCCAGAGUCCUCUCGCAGUGGGAUCACUGAGGAUGCACUGAUUUCCUCUAGCAACAAUUUGUGGCGAUACGUGUAAAAUGUCCAGCGAGGAAGCUCAUUAGAUGCUCAGUGCCCCAGUUUUUUACUGGGGGUCAUGCAGGCAGCCAUCGCCUGGCAUGUAGCAGAAUUCCUGACUCCCAGAAGGAGAGCAGGUGUUCAGCCUAAACCAUAUUGUUUGCACAGUGUAGGCACGGUGAGCCAUUCUCAUCAGCUAAUGAAGGGAGCCCUCCUGAAAUCUAAGUUUCCAGAUGCCAGCCAAGGGCCAACCUUGCACGGAGGCCUUUCCAAGGACAGGAGUUCAGGCCUGCUCUGGUAACUCUUUUCUGUACAAAAACCAGGGAGUUAGGGCUUCGGAUGAGAGAUGAAUGAGGUGUGGGCAGAUUUACCGAGUCCUGUUGUACGGGUUCUGCUCUACCGAGAAAAUGAUGCCAAUUCUCAGGGCUUUUGUGCAUUAAUCUCCUAGGCAUGAGAGGCUGUGACUGAAUUCCAUAGGGAUUUAGCAUGUGGAUUCCACUGUGCUUGAGAUGGCAGUUCAGGUUUCAGCCCUGCUAUACAUCCUGCAAACCAGAACCAAAGAGUAAAGUGUACCGGCCUCAGGGGGAUGAGGCGAAGUUUAUUUUAUUUUUUCCCAAACACAUUCCCUGUAGCCCACUUCCUACGUUUUCUUUUCUCUGAACAGGGUGCCACUCUCUAUGGAUAAAAUCAGAUGGCAAGGCCAGUCCUAGAAGGAAACAAACAAAAAUUUCUCAGUGCGAUAGUCUAUCAUCCCACCCAGGAAAAGCAAGAACGUAAGCUUAACAUGAGAGAUUAGGAAUCAAGACUUUCUGGGUUCUUUUAACUAAUUUGCUCCUCACUUGCCAGAUCACUUGGGCAGGUCACUUGUGUUCUCUAUCUCAGUUUAAACCCUGUUGUGAAUGAAUGUAGGACUUUUAUGGGGAAAGGGACGAUUUAUUUAUUUGUGUGUUUGUUUAUUUAUUUAUUUGCUUGUUAUUUAUUUAUUGGAUUAUGUCAUUUAGACCCCUGGGGAUUGAUUUGCUUAAUUGGUGAGUAAAUGUGUGGGGCUACCGAAGUCUAAGCCUAGGUCAGUAGGAAGUCUCCGCCCAUUCUAUGGUCACCGGUAAUACGAACCUAACGAGUGGUCUUGAAAAUGGAUGUCAGUGCCCAGGCAUGAUGGAGCGUUGGAAUGGCAUGACGUCAUCAUUACUCUGGGAAAAGCAACUUUCAAGGCAUGUUGACAGUGGUCUUUUAAAAUGACUGUCAUUUGGUUAAUGAGUUUUGCUGCAGAUGGAAACAAUCUGACAGUAGCAUCCCGUCUCUUUUUUUCCCUGUGAUCAGUAUCCCCAGAAUGCUGGUGAGCUUCUUUCCAACAAAACUGUGGUCAAAGUUGGAUGCCGGGGAAUGCUGAUUCUAGCAAAAGCCUAGUGAAAAAGAGUGGCUUGGCGCAGGAGCUUAAAAAAAGAAAAAGCUGGCUCUUGAAU